AUGUCAAAACAAUAUGAUUUCCUUAAAAGUGUGCUGAAUGUACUGAAAGAUAAUGAAUUUCUUGCAGCGUGGGAACUUCUGGAAUUCAAGACAUCUCCAUAUAAUUGGUUUGCAAUCAUCUUUAUCAUUUUCCUGGGAAUUGUUUUUGAGAUAGUAUUUAUGAAAAUUUGUACCUCCUUCCAGAGGAAACCUGCACUUUCAGGACAGAGGACUCCCAGUUCCCAAGAGAUAAUCAGUCUACCUCUUCAGAAGGAAGGAAGUGAAGGUCCUUUUGAAGACAGAGUUCCACCCAUGGAUGGAAGACCAGAGUUUGGUAGCAACAAGAAUAAACUCCACAGGAGUUAUUUUAGAGAAAGUCACGGGUCAUUCACACAAGCAAGUAGCUCCUCUGUGUCAAUGGCUCAUUCAGAAGUAAAGAAAAUAUUCCUAAACCAUCAAGAGCAUCCAGAAAGUGAACGAGAAACAGUACAGUUUUCACCAAAGAAAUUGUUUUCAACAAUGAAAAACAAAAACCCCAAUGCUUUAAAAUCACAGGAUGUGAAGAAGAAAUCUCUUGACAGCAUCAAACCAGGGUCAUCUCCAGCCCAAGAGGUGGACAGUCGCCUCUAUUCGCCUGAUAACUCAUAUUCUAUUGAAUCUCAAGAUGCAACCAAGACUCUAGUCUCAGAUAAGAAAUCCUCAUAUGAGGGCCUAGCUCAUGUGUGGGUUCGAGAUUCAAACAAAAGAAAAGAUUCAACCCAGAAGAAAGCUACUAUGUGCAAGGAUUCCAAGCAACAGAAAAGGAAAGGCCUCUCAAGUAUAACUUUGUACCUUAUUAAUGUUUCCAAGCCCAUUCUUGCUUCAAAAACAAAUUGGAAUAAUAAAGAGCCUCUUAAGGACCCAGUUAUACCAGCAAAGGAAAAUAAGAUUGCAGAGUUUAAUGUCCCAAGUAGUAAAAAGCUGUCUGGGCAGCAUGUUCUAGAGUGUGAAACACAUUUAGACAAAACUAUAUCACAUCUCCUGCAGAAAUUGAUUUCCUAUCUUAAAAUGGAAUCAAACAGAAGAUUGGAAAGAAUGAAGGUGUUAAAAAGUACAGAGAGCUCCGUUCUACCCUCAAAUGGAGAGAUGGGACCCACCAGUAAGCCAGAAGUUGGAAAGGACCCAUCAGUAAUCCAGACAAGUGAAUUAAAAGCCAAGAAAGAUAUAUCAAGAAUAAUAGAGGUCAAUCAUUCAGUACAAAGACAAGAGGAAAAGCCAAAUGAAAAGAAAACAUUCAGGGAGGAGACAUAUAGACUGAAAAUGCCACAAUUAGUUGCUAAUAGCCAUCAUAAUAUAGCAGACAUGGAACCAGGGUUAUCUGUUCAUGAGCAAAAUGCUCCACAAAUGACCCAAGAUUUCAAGUUGAGCCAGCAGCUAAAGCAGAAGGUCAAGUGUCUCCAAUUUGAAAUACAGCAGAGCAGUGUGGGAAAGAGUAGAAAGCCAAAUGAAGAGCCAGAGUUCGUGGAAGCAAAGACAAAUGAAAUCAUAUAUUCUGCAAAAGAACAUGAUAUUUCACCUGAUGCAAACCAUCUGAAAGAGCAAGCUGGCAGUAUUGGAAAGGAAAAGACAAUGUCUUUUGAUUUUUCCAGCCCUAUUUUAUCUGCAACCAAAAGGAAGAGCAGCUUCAAACGACCUUCAGACAUAGGCAUGGUAGCAAAUUUCAAAUGUGGAAUUACAAAAGUGAAGAAACCAUUCAUUUCAGAGGUGCUACAUAUUCAGGGUGGGUCUUGCACAAAACAGAGGGAGAAACUGAGAAGUAACUCUGAAUCCCAAAUGAAAGAAAUGGCUCAAGUUCUAAACAUGGCAGAUACCACAGACUUUUUUGGGACUGUCAUGUCUGACAUUUGGAUCAAUAGCAAAAUAGACAAAGGAGAAAAAAGACUCAGUUCUAAACACAUCAAGGAAACUGUAUCGCCACUGGGUGGGGAUAUGACUUCGUGUUUUACCAGUUUCCAAGAGGAAGAGGAAGAAGUCAGUGAAAAGAACAUAUUAAACACAAUUCAACAUUUUACUUUCCAGUCAGGUCAGAGGAAGGAAUCUGACCUUGGUAGGUCAGAAGACCAAGGAAAUGGGAAAAUUCUAUUUCUUACAGAACAAGCUGUCUCACAAGUACAGCUUAUAGAAUGUGUGAAGCUGGAAGAAUCCAAGACAAGACAUCUGUCACCAGAUGUCAUGAUUCCAAUGAAAGACAAAUCAUCAAGCAAAGCAGAUAUUCCUGUGGAAUAUCCUUUAUGUUCAGAAGGAACUGGUUUACUUAUAACAAGAGACCAGUCAGGAAAUGGUACAGAGGAGGCUCUUCGAAAGGCAGCCUCUUACUCCAAACCUAUUUUGACAGAAAGCAAAAGACAGAAGAGUAAUAGAAGACAAAUACUUAAUCAAGGCAUAAUAUGCCACAGAAGGCGAAUUUUGAAAUUAAAGGUGACAGAAUUUUUACAUCUACUUCAUUCCAUUGACCAUGGAACCCAUAGCCACAUAGAAGACCUACAGUUGAAUAUAACAGAGGAGACAGUAGAUAUGAAACAUCGAGAUGAGGUUAAAUCUGACAUUAUGGCACUCAGUAACACCAAACAAACAUCAUCUGAAGAGCCCAUCAAUAGAGGUGGUUUAGGAAAUGUCAUACAAUCAACACCUGACUUCUCACAGGUGAAAAAUGAAAAUGGGGGAAAUAUAACAAAAACAAAAGCUAUAAUGGACCUCAGGUGUGUCACUUUUAAAAGAAAGAGAACACCUUUUAAACACGUGUUUUUUGAAGAUGAACCCCAAUGGAACCACAGAGAACAAAAGAAAAUAAUGCAGAAAGCUCCAACGAGAAUAUGUGAGGAGCCAGCUAACAACCUCGAAAACUGUAUGCAAAAGGAAGAGGAUGUGACCCUGAAAGAUGAAGGUACAGUGGAAAGGGCUUUGGAAGAAAUGAGUCACCUUGACAGAAUAGCUAAGAAGGAGAUAGUGUCUCCUAUUACACAGGGAGUAGAGUUGAUCAAAGAGAAAGAGAUACAGAAAGAAAGGAAGAAAACUGAGGUUAAGACAAAACCAUAUUCACAGAAAAGCCAGUUGGCCUUCCAAGAAAGAGAGAAAGGGGUAGAAAAAAUAAAAAGCAAAGCAAGUGUGGUUCUGACCAAUCACACUUCUGUAUCUGUCCUUUCUCAUGUGAACUCAUGCACUCAAACAAGAAAAUCAGACUUCCCCACUGAUAUAACAAGAUACCCUCUUCCAAAAUCACCACAGAGGAAAGCAUCAGCUGCAGUGAAGAAAACAAUUGAUCAUGAAUUGGAUAUAAGGAAAGGAGAAGAUAUGCAAGGAAUAAUAAGAUAUGGUAUUUUAUCACCCCCACUACAGACAUCAUUUGAUGCGGGGAAGAUAUUACAUGCAAAGUCAAAUGAAGAUGAUGUCUCAAUGGAUGCCAAAACAGUACAAAAGCACAAGCCACAGAAUGGAGAAGACAGAGAAAGAGACACAACCAUUAUGAAAUAUCUAAUAGCAAAAUCCCAGGAAGGAGUGGAUAGAGAAUGUAUUUUGGAUAAAGACCAGAUGAAUCUUAAACACCGCACCAAGAAAUCACCCCUUUUCUCUCUUCUCCUCACAAAGUCUUUGCAAGUGAACAUCAAAGAGCAAAUAUGCAGCAAGAGAAGAGAACCCACGUUACAGAAGGAUACAGCAGCAAGAGAGAAAGACAUGGCCCUGAAUACCAUGGCGGAUUCCAAUGAAAUGUGUCUGAAAAGCAAGGAAUCAUUUUCGUCACUUAGAAGCAGCCAAGGAAACAUUCAGAAAACUGAAACACAAGAGCAAAGGAUCCCAGAAGGUCAACAGGAACUGAGUGAUGACAGGCUGACUAACCUUGAUGCUUCUCAAGCACCACCAAUCUCUCAGAGGGUAGAUACUGGACACAAGGGAGAAAACAUAGAAAUAGUGACAAGAUUCUCUAUAGCCACAGUAAAACUCAAAGAAUCAUUAGAGUCCAAGGAAGCAAUCCAUUUGGUACCAGUGAGUUUUGAUGUUUUGAUCUAUCCACUAACAAGAUUGCAAAGUUUGGAACAGGGAAAUUCAGGAGAUGGAGUGAAAUCAGGCCUCCUCCUAUGCUCCAAACAUCGAGAAGAAAAGGUAGAAGAAGAGAAAACACAAGAAGCACAGGGUGAUGGUGGAAAUAAAAAUGAACAGUUCGAGUCCCAAAGAGAAAAGCAGCAUGAAGUGCUGGCAGUGGAUUUGAGGGUCAAGAUGCAUCCCGAAUUGUCCAGGGGUUCUCCAAUUUCACAGAUCCUCAAUUCAAAAGAAUUUGUCUUGAAUCUCAUUGAGCAAAAGAAAAAGGUACAUGGGGAUCGAGAGGAACUCUGUAGGGUUCUCACAAGGAAUUUUAUCUCCGUUCCAACAGUGCCCACCUUUGUUAAGAAUCUUGGGAACAAAAUAGACAAAGACGUCCCAGAAAAGAAAAGGGUCUUUUUCCCAAGGUGUAAUCAUCAGCAAUCAUCAGAUAUCCAGGAAAGGACUAUUGGAAAAUCCCUUGAGAGAGAAGGUGCCAUCGUGGUUAAAAAAGCAAAACACCCCGCAAAAAGACAAGAGGCAGCAGGCAAGCAGGCUUCCCACUUCCAGAUCAGUAUAUGGGAAAAGAACCUCCCACCAGUGAGAUCUAAAGAGGAAUUGAACCAGUUAAUUUUAAGUCCACAGUCCAAGAAGAGUUAUUUUACAGGAUGUGUUACUAUCAGAAAUGGGGAAGGACUGGAACAUUCCAGAAUCAAUGCACAGCUGGAGGAUCCGUCAGAAGCACCCAGAACACCUCCCUCUGCUGCUCUUCUUUCCCACCCCACACAGACGCUGAGGACAGUGGAUAAUUGGAAGAAAUACCUGGAAAUAAAGGGCACCUUUGAUCAAAAAAUAAACCCAAAGGUUCUCUUUGCAUCACUGAUAAAAAUGCCCUUGGAGUUAUGUAUCACUUGUGGUUCCCCUGCAAAUUCCAAGGGAUUUUCUGUUUUAGAAAAUGAGCCCCAAGACCCUCCAUUCAAAGCCUCUCCUGUAUGGGAAGCAGAUGACAUUUUCAACAAUGGCCGUAGACAUGCGAACUCUCGGGAAGCAAAGGCGCUUGAUGCAGAACAGAACAUUCAGUUACAAAAGAAGUUCACAAAGCGUGUUCUGGGUUCUCCAGAUCCUGCUCUUCCUCUUUCUCCCAAAUGUGAAGACGUGGAAGGCAGAUUCACAAGAGUGCCUGUGAAAUGGAACUCAACCCCCCAAUGUUUAACAAUGAAAAUCCCAAACCACCCAAUUUUACAACUUCUUGGCCAUGUCAAGAAGUUAGAGUUUGAUUCUGUUCAGCCAAAGGAGAUUACUCUGUGCGAUGAGAAUGGCACCGAAAUCUACCAUGGUAAUCUCUAUCUCUCCAGAGAACCUGCCCUGCAGGCUGAAGAAACAAAGGGAGCCAAGAGAGACCAAGAAAAAGAGAAGAGCAGCUGUACUUUGGAACCCCAGAAGUCAGUCUGCACCAACCGCACUGUGUGGAAGAUCCACCUUACUAAUAGUCUUCCCCGAGAUGCUCAGACCCUGGAGAUGCACACACAAGAUACACAAAAUAAUCCUGGGGCUGCCUCAGAAGCAGACAGCAACAUCAGGGAAAACGAGGUCCCACUAACACCACACAUGGAAGAAGGGGCUAUUUCAGGCCAUGAUGUCUCGGUGCUUCCCACAGAUCCCAUGGUGCAACAGCAAGAAGAAAAUGUAGCCAAAGCCAUCCCAUUUACACCUGAAAAGCCAAAGGAAGCUGUGGAAAUGUCGGCAAAAGAUUGGACUGUUGAAAACUCUGCCCCAGGAGCAGCAGAAAACCAGGAUGAGGUUCAACCAGUCCUGACACAGGACACAAACCCAGAACAACCCCAGCAGCCCCAAAGCUUGGUAGAAACUUUGACCCUCCCACCCCUCCAGGCUGAAGGGAAAGAAAGGAAGUUAGCAGAUUGGAAAAAUACAGAAGAAAACUUGCUUCCUAUUGUGGAGUCCAUUCAAAAUUACCUUGAGUCCCAGAUAACAAAUAUUAUCCAAGAAAAAUUUCUUCCUCAACUAGAAUCAAGAAGCACCUGUCCACAGGCAGUUUGGAAGUCACCCCCUUCAACAGAAGCUCCAGACCCAACACCCCAACCAGAUCCCAGAGAACAGGCCAAAGCUAUAUCAGAAUGUUCCACACCCCAAGGAGAAAUGAAUCUCCAAAGACACUUGGUGUUGAACGCACAGGAGAUCCAUUCAAAUGGGAGCCCACAGAAAGUCAGACAGUCAUCCCAAAGCUGCUCCUUGAGUUCAAAAGAAAAAGUAACUUCUGAGGAUGUGCCAAGAAUGGACUCCCCAGCACCCAAAAAGGCGAGCUGUGUGCCUGAUGAGGAUAUAGAGACCAUCGAGAUCAGCCUAAGGCACAAAAGUCCAAGAGGGGCAGCUCUUGUCAAUCCUUUGAAAAGUCUAAACAUCCAUUUUGCAGACACAGACAACAAGGUUCUUAAGUGGUCUUCUACAAGGAAGCUAGAAAGCAGAGCGUGUUUCAUGAUGGCCUCUGAUAUCCAGAGAUCAUGGCCCCCUAUCCUCCGUAGGUGCUCAAUCGAACUAAGGGACAAGCUGCUCAUACAUUUGGGGAGGAAAACUCUGGAAAUUCAAAUGAAAGCCUUUCCCAGACCUGCCAGGGCCUCUUACAUAGCUGCCCACACCCAGCAAAAGAAACCCAUGUUUCAACUCUCUCCUGGCCAUCAAAGGCCCAAGUACCCAAACAGAACUAUAUUGCUUCUUGAUCAAAAGUCUCUUCAUCCAAAAGACCUUGAUUUACAAUAUAAACAUGUCCGCUUUUUCCAGCAGAUCCCUGUCAAAAGAAGGUUCCCAAAGCCAAAGACGCUCCCCAAAUAUACUCUUAAAUUGAACACGGUUGUGACUUGUAAAAACAUCAGCCAGCAUGUCCAAGAUGUUGGUCUUGCUCCUGACAGAGAACAGGAAGAGAAGCAGUUCUCUUUCAGAAACCAAAGGCCUCAGCAAAGUCAAGUUCUGGGGUUGCCCCCAGUGGCUGAGUUGAAUCCUGAUGGAAGCAGGGGGGAGGAGAGAGACAUCAUAGCUCCUCCAGAGCUAACACAUCCAGUGACUAUGGAGAAAGAUAAGCAUGGCAAUGUAUGGUCUCAAAGAACAGCCCUGUGUCCCUGUCUCAGGCCUCAGAAAAACGCUGGUGAUUCAGUCCAGUUCCAGGCAACACGACCACCUGAGGUGUUUCUCAAGAGGGGUCUGAAGGCCUCAAAAGCAGCCUCACAGCCAAGUCUCUCUCUUAAGGACAGUGAGAAGUGUAUGGUGUUGGAGGCCAACUCUCACUUAGCUCAGGAAUCAGAAUCUAUUCUGUAUGAGUUGCAGAAUGGCGUUCCUCUGGAAAGUCUGAUGAUGAAGAAAAUCAACACAGAGAUGAUGCCCUUUGUCAAGGAAGCACUGAGCCCUUUUCAGUUCUGGGCCUGCAGAAGACAUUCCUUGUCUGUUACCCCACCUCACUGGGAGUCACACCGGAACAGGAAGCGGAGGCCCUCCUCCAGAAGACACUUUCCAGGGCAGGGGUCUGGUAGGCCAAUCAACACUUCAGAAGCUUCCGGGAAGUCUUCCAUCAUCAUUCUGCAAGAGAAGUGUCUCCCGACUAUGAGAAACAAGAUGAAUCACUCUGUAGCCCCCUUAACGGAAUCGAAUCUUAGAUUACAUCUCGCCAGAAAUCAAGGCAGGCCUUCCAGGAGUCCUGAAAGCAGAGAGAGAAAGAAGGCCACAUCUGAUAUUUUUUGCAAGAACCACGGCCCCCAGAACCAGGAUCACAGCAAUAUGCCACGUCAGGGGAAAUACCCCAGAAAGAAGCCAACCCUCGACUGCAAAGAUGUUCCUGAACAUUCAGGAACAUUCCAUUAUUUCUCAUGCAGGAAGAAGUUAGUGUGGAAACCAUACCAAGAGGCUCCCCAACAGUGCUGGAAAAGGCGCACACACCCUCCCUUUGUUUAUGCCUGCAUUCCAGCUGACUCAAUGGAGAUCAUCCCCCGGACCGUCCGCUGGACCAUUCCUCCCCAGACAUUGAGAAAGAACAAUUUCAGGGUCCCCCUGGUGGCCAAGGUCUACAGUUCUUGCAGGCUGGAUGGAGACUCCCACUGUCCACCGUCCACCCCCACUCCUGAAGCUGAGAUGGAGUUCUGUUGA